CUUUUUUUAAGUUCGAACAUUUACAUUAAGUGUGAACAAUAUCGUCACUAUAGCGGAGGGCAAGAUAGUGACCCGCGUCGUCUAUUAGCUACAGAUUUCAAGGAUGAUUCGUUCAUUUCUAUAGAUAUUUUGUACCCACACGUAUAUUCUGUGCAGAUAUAGCAAGAGGGAGGGAGAGGGAGUGAGAGGAGAGUGGGAGAGAAAGAGAGAGAGAGAGAGAGAGACUCUCACACUCACGGAGAGAAGGGCUGGCUGCAGAGAACGAAGUGAGAGCAGCACUGAGGGACACGCAAACACACUGCUGAGCUGCUGCCUCCGCUCUGAAGUGAUAAGAAAAUGAACAAGAUGAAGAAUUUCAAGCGCCGUCUCUCCCUAUCUGUACCAAGGACUGAGACAAUCGAGGAAUCCCUCACUGAGUUCACAGGGCAGAUCCAGCAGUUCAAUAACCGGAGGCAUGAAGACAUACUGCCAGACAGCCUGCAGCUUAGAGCUCUUCAGAAUGUCCUGCAAGCAAAUCGCAGCCCCAUUCCCUUCAGUGAAGGCAUGCAGUCCCCUACACAACUCAACUACCGGAAGAGUAGCCAACAUCGAAGAUUCUCUGUGGAGGUAGACAAUCGACUCCCAAAAGAAUUCCUACAAAAAAUCCAGUUGGAUUGCCCUCCUGACCCAAAACCCCUCAGCAGGAUGUCCCGCAGGGCCUCUCUGUCUGACAUUGGUUUUGGGAAACUGGAGACUUAUGUUAAAUUAGACAAGCUUGGAGAGGGGACGUACGCCACUGUGUUUAAAGGUCGGAGUAAACUGACCGAGAACCUGGUGGCCCUGAAAGAAAUUCGAUUAGAACACGAAGAGGGCGCCCCCUGCACUGCCAUCCGAGAGGUGUCCCUGCUGAAGAACCUAAAGCAUGCCAACAUUGUGACGCUACAUGACAUCAUCCACACGGAUCGUUCUCUCACCCUUGUGUUUGAGUACCUGGACAAUGAUUUGAAACAGUAUCUGGACAAUUGUGGCAUCAUGAAUGUACAAAAUGUGAAGAUCUUCAUGUUUCAGCUCCUGAGGGGCCUGUCUUAUUGCCACAAGAGGAAGAUCCUUCACAGGGACCUCAAGCCUCAGAAUCUCCUUAUCAAUGAGCGGGGUGAACUAAAACUUGCUGAUUUCGGUCUUGCUCGAGCCAAGUCAGUGCCCACGAAGACUUAUUCCAAUGAAGUGGUAACACUCUGGUACCGCCCUCCUGAUGUGCUCGUGGGAUCCACAGAGUAUUCUACUCAGAUUGACAUGUGGGGUGUUGGGUGCAUUCACUAUGAAAUGGUAGCAGGAAGACCAAUGUUUCCUGGAUCCACUGUUAAGGAGGAACUACACUUGAUUUUCAGGUUGAUGGGCACUCCGACAGAGGAAACAUGGACCGGAAUAACAGCAAAUGAGGAGUUCAGAUCCUAUCACUUUCCACAGUAUAGACCACAGCCCCUUUUAAACCACGUGCCCAGGCUUGAUGCUGAGGGAAUAGAUCUUCUUUCAAGUCUUUUGCUGUACGAAGCCAAAAGUCGGAUUUCUGCAGAUGCUGCCCUCAGACAUCCUUACUUUAAGAGUUUGGGAGAGCGAGUUCUCACCUUGCCUGACAAUGCGUCCAUUUUUUCAUUGAAGGAGAUUCAUCUCCAAAAUGAUCCAGGUUGCAGAGGAUCUAUGUUUCAACAAGCAGCCCGAGGGAAGAGUCGGAGACAAAGUUUAUUUUAGAAAGCUGUCCCUUCCAAGGUGCAAAAAACCUGGAAAAGACAAGCUGUCUAUUGGGAUCAUCCUCCACUUCCACCACCAGAUCGCAUUGGAGUGGGGGAGAAGAGAGUUAAUGGAUCCCUAGAAGAACUUGAAGCCCAAUAUAUCAGACUGCAUAUUUGAAUGGCAUUGCAGGUCUUUAUGAAAGAACGUAUCAUAACUCAUACUGAACAAUAAUGUAUUUGGUUGGGCUUUAAAUCCCCAGCCUAGUUGUAACUGCCACUGUUAUCUUUGCCUAAAAAGGUAUAAAUAUUGUUAGCAAUCACAUUUGAUGCUGCCUUAUUUUUCCACUGUUGUUAUACAUUUCAUAUUAAACAUAGCUUAGAAAAAUUAAAUAUAUCAAAACUGGAAAAUGGGAAAGGAAAUCUGCUGUUUAGGACAAAGCACAAAAAUGUUUCCGUAACAGAGUCAAGUUAAAUUGUCCACCAUGCUAAAAAAGGGAGUUUUCAUAUACCGGGUCAUUUGAUUGACUAAAGCAAUUCACUCACAGAUAGUAUGCAACAUUUCUAUGCUGCAAUGUCUGAAAAUAAACAUUUCAACUCAACAACAAUUACAUCAUUCAUUAUAAUAUGGUUAAAUCAUGGUAAUUAAUCUUUAUUGAUAUAGAUAUUUGUAGCACAAAAAUAUGUCUUGCACCUGUUUGUAAAGAAAUGUUGUACAGUAAAGAAUGAAUUACCUAAUUCAUUGAUUCAAAUGUCACAUUAGGCAAGAACAGCACAGAUUGCUAUUUGACUAAACAUUCCUCGUUUUUUCUGGACUCUACAACAGAUAUUUAUCUUCAUACGCCUUCACAAUCAGAUGGGAAUACUUGCAGAUUUUCUACCUAAAAAUAUCUGCCUAAUUAAAAAUCAGUAACUGAAGGAGCCAGUUAUUUAAACUGUUUGGCACUUACUGGGGUGCAGCCGAUGCUCACAGGGAAUUAGUUCUACUCGAACUUGCACAGCAUUCAAAAUGAUGCUGUUCUGUCACGUGGGAUGCAAUUUCACAGCUUCUUGUGGCUGCAGAGAAGCCUAAAUAGGUCGGCCAAGGGUUGUUAAAAAAAGAUAUUUUGAAAAAAAUUCAUAUUUUAUUCUAGCUUUAUUCUGAAUUGUUUGUUUACUGUAUUUGUUAUUUGAUGUGGUCAAUGAAGAGAAGUAUUUUCAAGCUAUUUUAAAUACUGUAUAUGACAACUAAAUAAUUUAUGUAUUUUAAGAGAAUUUUAUGAGAGAGCACACUGUAUGUUUAAAGCUAUUGUAGAUGAUGUCUAAAUGUUUUAUAAAUACAGUAUAUUUCGAUUUUGUAUUAAAUCUGUGACCUGAAAUAUUUUGUGCAAUUACUACUAUAUUAUCUAUUAUGAUGUAUGUCCAAGCUGAAUGUAUUGUGACUGCCGCCAAGCCAAAACUGAAAGAAGCAGGUAUUAAUAAAUUCUGAAUAAAUCUGUAAGCACUUUU